AUGCGGGCGGGGGCCGGGGCGGCGGUGGCCGCGGGGGUGCUGGGGGCGGCGGCGGGCGCCGCGGCGAAGCUGGCGCUAGGCCCGGGCGGGGAGGCGGCCGGCGGCCCGCUGCCAGUGUUGCUUCGCCUCAGCUGUGUUGGCCUGGUGUUUGUGUGCAAUGCAGUGAUGUGGACAGUCUUCACAAGAGCGUUACGACUCUCCUCCUCCUCAGCUGCUGCCUCUGUGACAACAACAGCCUCCAACUUCAUCUCUUCAGCUAUCCUGGGAAAAGUGCUCUUCGGGGAGACGUGGACGCUUCUGUGGUGGGUCGGCCUCGCCAUGACAGUCUGCGGGCUCAUACUGCUGCACACGGCUGCACCCCAGCUGGUACAGGUCCCAGCAGAGAAGAAGGACUGAUAGCUGCUGGAGGGGUCACAGUGCCAUGCCACUCCUCUCCAGCCUAUCUCAUGACAGCAUCCCCAGUCCCCACCGGCCUCCGAACAUGUCAGCUACCGAGCUGCUAACCCCUGCUCACUGCUCAUCUGCUGACUUGCAAAAUCACAUCUUUCCCGGUGGUGGUGUGGUGGCAGUGACAGCCUCAGAGGGAGCUGGUCAGCUCUGAGUCAGUAUUGUGACCCCAGGGCCAGAGGCUUAUCAGCCACUCCUCCUCUUCACACCCUGUGGCUGUAGAGCUUUCCCAGUUUGGGGAAUGCUGAAAGUAAACAUGGUGGCUGUGGAAGGUGCUUGUGCAUCAGUAUUUUUCCAUGAAAGGACCUAUCCCAAAGUAGAAAAGCAGUCAGAAUUAGAUGCUGAAGACAGCUGUUAUUUCUGCUCUGCUGUUCCUGACUUGCUGUCUCUUCAAAUGGACCUGUGCCCACUGCUACCUGUAAGGCUGUGGAGACUUUCAUUAGUUCCUUCAGCUUCCUCUAUCAGUCACUUAGACCUUUUAAUUUGCCAUUUGUAUCUGACAUCUGGAAUUUUCACUUCCAUUCCUGACAUGUUACUCACUGUAAGGUUGCUUCUCUUUCCUUUAAACCCUUACCCAGAAUUGGGUUUUGAUCACCAUUCCUGCCUUGUGUAGGUCAAAGUAAUUUUGGGACAAUUCAACAGGCAACCUGCUUUCACUUUGAGUCUCUGUGUUCAACAUAUCCCCUGUCCUCACUCAAGUUUACAAUUGCUUUAAUGUUUGGUAAAAGGGAGUUUCUCAAGCCAUGUUUUUUCUACACCUCCAGAUGAUGCUUAUUCCAGUUCUCUAUGUUUCACCUAACUUACUCCCAUUCAUGUGAUGUGAUCAACCAAAUCACUGGCAUCCAGGUAUCUGCUAAAUUUUGCAUCAGUGACUAUUCAGUGUUCAGGUGUCAGUUUGGUGAAUGUGUCAGAAAUCAUCAUUUUAAAAGUAUCGGCUUCAUUCCCCUGCCCACUUUUUUUUUUUCCCCUUGGAAAUUUUUCAUUUGGAAUCCUAAUUAAGAAAUACAAUGAUGCCUGUAAAUGUAUGCAUCAUGCUGGUGAUAUCACUUAUUUGCUCUGGGCUUGCCAGGUUGUCUCUGUCAUCUUGUAACGACAGAAGGUGAGUCACUGUUCUGGCAUGUGCAGAAAACCUAAGGACACAUUUCUGUGAGCGUCUGUAACAGAACCUGUCAGGUCUAUCAUGACUGGCAGAUCUGCGCCGGGUCAAGUGUAAAAUAGAUUUGUGGAUGGAAAUGCCACUAAAGUUGGUUUGUGCCUUUUUCUUAUUUGAAUCAGAAGAGGCCAGGAGCCAUUUUCUCCAUUCCCUGCCAUUCUACCUCACCACAUCUGGCAGCCAUGUCCCAAGAGGAGUAGUCUUUGCCUCUCCCCUCAAGUACUCUCAAGUCUUCCCAUCAAAGAGGGGAGCUGGACAUGUGGUGGGGGAGAGGGCAGAGUGCUCUGUGUGCCUUCCCUACCUGCCACCGUGGGUCUUUGCACCCGGGGAGCUCUCUGGGUGGCAGCAGUGGGAGGGUGGGAUGCAUCCAAUUGCCUGGGAAGCUGGGACCUGACACAGGGACCCAGCAUCCCUCAUAGGUCUGCAGACAUAACAGCCAGGAACCAUGUAUUUCUAAGUACAUCAGGUCUCCUUAGAUCUUCAUACAUGAUGCAAGAUUAUUGAAACCUGAUUUAUUUUCCCUUGUUAUUAAUCCUCAGACAGCUGUAAGCCAUGUCUGCUUUCAUGGAAACAGCAGUAGCAGGACCAGGCUCUCUGGUUAAUUUGGCUGUUGCACCAUUUCCUAAUAAACCAUUUGGAAAGCUUUUUAACCUGGACUAUCUCAAAACUGGUAUUUUUUUAUUACGGUCAUUGUUGGAGUUCAAGGUUUAGGAGGUGUUUGUUCAGGAGUGGAAGGUGUCCAGAAGGUGUGAGCAGCACUUUACUUGGUGAUGCUCACUUUAAGGUGGAUAAACCAAGAUAAACCAGGGCUGUAAAUUCUCUCAUAAAUACUUGAAGGUGGGAACGGAAGAAGUUUUCCUCCAGUUCCCAUGGGAAGAAAACAUUACUAAGUAGGGUUUAUUUAAUGGCAGAAUCCCACCCCUCUUGUGUACACAGUUUGGCCAUGUCUGCCAGUAGGGACAGGGCUACAAGAAAAACUGCAAUCACUGUGUGGCAAAGCAGUGCACUUCUG